AUGGAGCCGAACCGGAAACCAGCCCCGGUCCCCGACGGACCGCAAGGAGCAACGGCCCUGGGCCCGAUCGAUCCAGUGGCAUCAGCCCUUCCAACGGCCGGAGCGGAGAGCCAGUCCCAGAGCGAAACACCCAAUGCCCCACCAGGAAAGAAUGAACAGACCGUGGUCGGGCAGAACCCGCGCUUGAUCCUCGGAGGAUCGGAUAUCAUGACAGGCGGCGGCGGCCUCGUCGACGACUCUGGUUUCUUCUUGUCCAACAAAGGAGAUGAUGGCUCACCUCUUCCACCAACAAUUACAACCAAGCACAACAUGUUACUUAAAAAGAACCUCGAGUUCCUCGGACUCGGCGGGAGCGGCCAGCGCGAGGUCGACUUGAUGACAGCGGCCGGCGACUGUUCCAUCGCCCCCCUUAGCCGCGUCCUGUGGGAGAGGGGCGGGGGUGUCGUCCCGGCCGAGCAGCGCGCGGCGGUGAUGCAAGAGAUGGUCGGCCUGGUCGAGCGGCUUCACAGUAGCGAAUUCGGUAUCGUCCACGGCGAUAUCAAGCCUGCCAACUUCCUACGGUGUCGCGAUGGUAAACUGCGUCUGUGCGACUUCGACUCUGCUCGGCUGAUCGCCGAUGAGAAGGCUGAGGGUUGGGAAGGGUUUAUGAGUCACCGGUAUUUGGCUCCGAGCCGGGGUUAUCCUUACCGUAGACCGCCGCCUACGGUUAUCGACGAUGAGUAUGCCUUGGCAAUUUCUAUCUGGGAGCUCUUUACAGGGAAGGACGCUUUUAUCGAGGAAUUUAUGGAGGACGUUUUCAAGGAUGGUAGGACUAUCGACGUCGAUGAGUUGGAGGAUGAUGGGGUCAGGAGCUUUUUAGUCAACAGUUGA